GUGAUGGGGAAAUUUGAUGCAGCAGAAAGUAAACAAAUAGGUAUUCUUAAAGAAAACACUUUAGAGGUACAUGGUAAAGAAAUGGAGAAAGGCAAUCAAUUACAUACUUCCAUUUAUUAUCCUCAAUCUUUUGGGAAGUAUGUUGAUAGUGACAAUGAGGAACCUGAAAUGGACUCAGUAGAUGAUCCUGAGGAAGAACCUGAAGAGGAUCCAGAAGAGGAUCUUGUGGAGGAACCUGAAGAGGAUCCUGAGGAGGAAGUGGAAGAAGAUCUAGAGAUGGAUGGGAUUUCAUGUAACGAAAAAGUGGCUGUAGAAUGUGCUUGUCCUUUCAAAUUAAGUAAUGAAAUUGUUUCUGCUGAACAACUAACUGAACAUGAAGAUGAGGAUUCCGCUGCAGAGUUUGUGUUUGGGCCGAAUCCUCAGGGAGAGACCGCUAAAGUUUAUCAGAAUAUGUCAGAUGAUAAACCGAGGAUAGUGGUUAACGAAGCAGUAACACAUUUUCUAUCACAGAAGGAUGGUCUGGGAAAGAGUUGCAAGUAUGAUGAACCUUCUAAAGAAGAAUUCGAGAUCAAGUAUGCUGCUACGGGUCAACAUUGUGUCCCAGGAGAGCUUGAGGAGGCUGUUGUUGGUACUAAAAAUUCUGGAAAACAGGCUAAUUCUGGGAAAAGAAGGGUUAGUAAAUGGGAUCAAGGUCCUGAAGAUGACAAAAAAGCAAUUUUAGAAGAUAGAGAAUGCAAAAAAGGUAAAACAAUGUGGGAUGCUAAUGAUUCCAAGUCUACACUGCAAGACCAUCUUCCGCUGACUGAUUUGCGCAGUAGUUUGUGUGGACAUUUACUAUAUUUAGAAAUUCAGUCAUUGAGAAAAAGAUUUUUAGAAAUCAGCAGUAUACUCGAUCCAUUAGUGGAUGACAAACUUCAUCCAGGAGUGUAUGCACCUGAAAAACUAAUAAAAGAACGCGAAAAGAUCUUUAUAGAGUUGGCAAAGAGGAAUGCGACUAUUUCUAAAGAACUUUAUGUACCGGUGAAGGAAUAUCCGAUGUAUAACUUCAUUGGCCUUAUACUUGGACCGAAAGGAAACACACAAAAGAGGAUGGAGUUGAAAACUGGGGCUAGGAUUCGUCUGAGAGGUAAAGAUUUAUCAAAAUCAGCACAAGAAGCUGAUCCGUCUGAGGAUGAAGACUUGAAUGUCUACAUAGAGGCAGUUAGUCAGAAAUCUCUUGAUGAUGCUGUCUGUAUGGUUGAGAAAUUGCUAAUCCCAGUAGAAGAUGAAAUGAAUGAUCACAAGCGAGCCCAGUUACAAGAGCUCUGGAAUUUAAAAGCUGAAAGUUGUAUUAGCUCAUGCAGUGUGUGCAAGGAGCCAGGACACAAUAAAUUUGCCUGUCCUCUGAAGAAAACUACAUUGAAGGCUGCUUGUGAAGCAUGUGGUAGCUUUAGCCAUUCCACUUCUGGUUGUCCAGUAGCCCCUUCAAACUUGAAAAUUAAAUCCUCCAAAGAAAUAGAUGCUGCGAAUCUUUAUAUUGAAUUUCUUCCCCAAACCGUAGAUGACAGUCGUCUGCGAGAGCUUUUUUCUCCAUUUGGAACAAUCACUCAAACAAAAGUUGCUUUAAAUUUCAUAACUGGUUAUAGUAUGCGAUAUGGCUUUGUGAGAUUUGAUUCCCCCUCUGCUGCGAGCUUAGCCAUAUUGCACAUGAAUGGGCACCACAUUGAUGGUCACAGAUUGAGAGUGAGAAUAGCUGGCACUCCAGCAGGACAACCAGCCACAAGCCACCUACCUAUUUAUUCCAAUUCUGGACCUGCAGCAGUAGCUACCAGCUACCCCUCUUCACCCCACUAUAUGAUGGCAAAAUCACAAGUUUCUUCACUUAACAUUGAGAGCACAGGUUUAUCUUCAUCACUGAACAUGGAAUACAGCAGACAAAUUUCUCAAACAGAGGCUCCAAUUAUUUCUCAGAACAUCUCAGGGUCAUCUGAAUCAAGUAGUGCAUAUUUGUCAAGUGGUUUGGCAUCAGUGUCGACUGGGCCGAGUAGUGCAUUUUCAUCAACAGUAGCUACCAGCUCCCCCGCUUUGCCUCAUUGUAUGAUGCAAGUGUCCGCCCUUAAUGGUGAAGGCUUAGGUUCUCCAUUAUCAAUAAACAUGGAUUACCUAACAAAUCUUUAUAUUGGAUUUCUUCCCCAAACUGUAGAUGGCAAUCGUUUGUGGGAGCUUUUUUCUCCAUUUGGAACAAUUACUCAAUUAAAAGUUCCAUUAGAUCAAAUGGGAUAUAGUAAAGGCUAUGGCUUUGUGAGAUUUGAUACUCCCUCUGCUGCGAGCUUGGCCAUAAUGCACAUGAACGGAUGCGAGAUUGAUGGUCACAGACUGACUGUAAAAAUAGCUGCCAUUCCACCUAUUAGAGGACAACUAGCCACAAACCUCCUUCAUGUUUAUCCUAAUCCUGGACCGACAGCAGUACCUUCCAGCUACCCCACCUCACCUUACUACAUGAUGCGAGAAGCACAAGUGUCCGUCCUUAAUGGUGAAGGGAUAGGUCUCCCGUCAUUACUGGAAUCCAGCAAUCAAUUAUCUCAAGCGGAGGCUCCUAUUGUUCCUCAGGAAGUCUCAGGGUCAACUGCGUCAACUACUGCAGCUGGUUCCAUGGCAAACAUAACUGAGUCUAUAAUUGCACCUUUGUCAACUAGUUUGGUUUCAAGGUCAAUUGAAUCAAGUACUACAUAUUCGCCAACUGGUUCGGUGUUAGCAGCUUCAACUGAGUUAGGAGGUGCAUAUCCAUCAACAGUAGCUACCGGCUACCUUGCUUUGCCUGACUAUACAGUGUCUCAAGCACAACUGUCCGUCCUUGAUGGUGAAGGCUUAGGUUAUCCGUCAUCACUAUACAUGGAAUACUUGUCAAAUCUUAAAAUUGGAUUUCUACCCCAAACUGUAGAUGAUAGUCGUUUGUGGGAGCUUUUUUCUUCAUUUGGAACGAUCACUCAAUUAAAAGUUGCACUAGAUAGAACUGGUUAUAGUAAAGGCUAUGGUUUUGUGAAAUUUGAUAAUCCCUCUGCUGCGAGCUUAGCCAUAAUGCACAUGAAUGGAUAUGAAAUUGAUGGCCAUAGAUUGACGGUGAAAAUAGCUGGCUCUCUGCCCGUCAGAGGACAACCAGGCACAAACCUCCUUCAUGUUUAUCCUAAUCCUGGUCCUGCUGCAGUAGCUACUAGCUACCCCGCGUCACCUUACUACAUGAUGCAAAAAGCACAAGUGUCCAGCCUUAAUGGUGAAAUUAUAGGUUAUCCUUUAUCACUAAACAUGGAAUCUAGCUAUCAAUUUCCUCAAACCGAAGCUCCAGUUAUUCCCCAGGAACUCUCAGGGUCAACUACUUCAAUUUCAUCAACUGUUCCCGUGUCAAGCUUAAUUGAGUCGAGAACUGGUUUGAUUUCAGGGUCCACUGAAUCACCAGCCACAAGCCUCACUCCUGUUUAUUCUUUUCCUGGACCUGCAGUAGUAGCUUCAAGAAGCUCUGCUGUCCCUCACCACAUGAUUCCGAAAGCACUGCAAUCUGAGGGAGUCAAAUGGUCAACCAGCUCAGGGUCAACUGAAUCAAGGACUUCACUUUCGCGACAUGGUUCAAUAGCAACAUCAGCUGAGUCGAGGAGUGUGAUUUCAUCUUAUAGUUUUAGUUCUCUAUUCUGCAGUGAUUCAAAGUAUCCUGGUUCAGGAUUCUAGUCAUAAUUUUCCUGAAAACAAUGUAAACCCACAGCCACGCCCCCACCUUACAACCCGAACUAGUCAGACAAGUUGUUAUCAGGCAGUGAACCUAUUAGCUCCUAUUCGACAACUUUUUUAUGCUUGUCAAAGAUAUAAUGUCAAGGUUUUUAUGGUCCACUUUAUGAUAAUUACCUGAUUUUAGUCCCCAUAACAAGAUUCUUGACGUUUUUUUUAUGGACUGGACAUUCUUUGUGUCAACUCUUUCUAGUUUGGUAUUUAAUUCUGUACUCAGUUCGGACUUUGAUGUACUUGGGUUGAUACUAGUUGUCGUCUAUGAUACUAAUUGUUCCCAGGUUUGCCUCAGUAUACGAUGCCAAAAGAGCAAGUGUGUGGUCUUAGUGA